AUUUUCCCUCUCGUAGUUCCCCGAAGAACUUUCUUCCCUGUAUCUUCUUCUGUUCCUGCUCUCGCUUCCAUCUUCUCCAAAAAUCCAAACUAGACACCAUUGUUGUUUCUCUGCCCUACAUCAACCUCCAUUGAUUCCUCUAAUUUUCUCAAAGAAAGAAGAGUUUCGAGGUCUGCUUUCAAUGGAGUUUCAAUUUGCCUUCUUUAUGAAACGAGAAAAAACUCGGAGUCCGAGUUUCAUUUGGUGAUGGAGAUUUGAGAGCCGUGAGGUUGUCGGUUGGUUAGCGGCUACUACUUUCUUUAAUGGAGAAGCGCGGUGGCGUCAGGGCGGAGAUUGAUACUUCGGCGCCGUUCGAGUCAGUGAAAGAGGCUGUCAGUAGGUUUGGUGGAAGCGGCUUUUGGAAACUCUCCAACAGUAAUGAUCACAGUCACAGCCAUCUAUCUGAACCUGAGCAUGAUAAGAACGAGAUCGAGGUUGACGUUGCAAUACUUGAAAAGAAGGCAAUGGACAUGGAGAGUGAAUUGAUUGUCAAAGAAAGGAAGAUCCUGGAAGUCUUAAAAGAACUGGAAGCAAACAGGAGGAAUGUAGAAGAUUUGAAAUUUAAGCUGCAGAAAGAAACAGCUGAAGUCAGCAUGAUUCGGGAAAUGACGAGAGAUGAUAUGAAUGCAGCUUCUCCUAAAGAAGCAGAUAAGGAAAACCAUAUGAAUCUUGACAGCCGAGGUCGGAAUGUGCAAGUUUCCCCUCCAGCACCUGGUGUAAUUCUUAAGGAACUGGAACAGGCAAAGUUAAAUCUUACCAGGACCACGAGCGAUAUUGCUGAUAUACGAGCUUCUGUUGAAUCUUUUAACAGGAAACUAGAGAAAGAAAGAACUGGACUUGAGAAAACUCAAGAGAGGUUAGCCCAGAAUUCGUCUAAUAUAUUGGCGCUCGAGGAAGAGCUAAACCAAACAAAACUGAAGUUACAAGUGCUAAAAGAUGCUGAGGCCAAAGGUUUUCCAGAUAACCCUUUAGAGAUGUCAAAGGAGCUGCAACAAUUAAGUUAUAAGGCAGAAAAGUUCAAGAAAACGAGGGAAGCGAUUGGACUUGAAGUUUCAAGAAGAGAAUCCGAGAUUGAACGGAACAAGGCCGUGCUAAGAACAGCUCAAGUCAAAUUGGUUGCUGCUAGAAAAAUGAAGGAAGCUGCUAGAGCAGCAGAAGCUAUUGCUCUAUCUGAGAUCAUGAUUUUGACAAAGCAUAAGAAUGCAUCUAGUGAUGUUUCACAAAUUCAUGGCAGUGAAAGUGUAACGCUUUCGUCGGAGGAAUAUUCUACUCUUACUCGUAAAGCCUGUGAAGCUAAAGAACGAUGUACGAAGAGAGUUAUCGACAUCAUGCAACAAGUUGAUGCUGCAAACACGUUAAAAAUGGAGAUCUUGAAUCAGGCAGAGAAUGCUUCUGAAGAACUCGAAACAAGCAAACGGGCAUUGGAAGCAGCUCUGAGCAGGGUGGAUGCUGCCAAUCAGGGAAAGCUAGCAGUCGAAGAAGCGCUUUGCAAAUGGAGGUCGGAGCACGACCGUAACAGGCGUACCAUUCAAAGCUCUACCAAGUUUAAGAAUCCUUGCACUUCUCACUAUAAAAAGGAUUCUCGGCUACUUGACAUAAAUGGAGUGAAUAUGGUCAGUGAUGGACCAACGCCUGUUUUGAAGCCAACCCUUUCGAUAGGGCAGAUACUAAGCAGGAAGCUUCUACCUCCGGAACAAUUUGAAUCGGUCACGCUACCGGAGAAAAGCUCGGUUGGAAGAAAGAUGUCACUUGGUCAGAUGCUCAGCAAACAAAAUGAUGAGGUAUCCUUAAUAAAGAUGGCUGAAAAAGAUGGUAGCCAGAAGCUGAGUUUUGGAAGAAGAAAGAAGUCGGGAUUCGCUCGGUUUACUCUGCUGUUGGCGAAACGAAACAAGAAGAAGAAGAAGAAACCUGCAGUGUUUAGGAAAUAACCUGUUACUGUUAGCUUAGUUUUAACUUUGAUCUCUUUAUCAUUCAUAUUAUAGGCUGGCUUCUUAGUGCUUUCUUUUGUAUCUUCCCUCCUUUUGUUAGAAUCUUUACUUUAGGAUGAUGGUUAUAUUUUGCAUAGUUUCUAGAUUGGCUUUGCCUUA